AAUAACAAAGUUCGCGCAUGUUUCACGCGUGGUCCGUCUUCGUUUCUAACAUUUUGAUUUUGUAUAUCACCGAUAAUUGGAUAUUAUAUUACUUAUUUAAAUUUUGUUAGUGUCUAUACCAUAAUAAUGCGAUUUAUAAUAAAUCAAGCAGGCAGCGGCGGUGAACGUAUAGGCAGUCUUAAAGGAUUUGUCAAAAUCUCGACCGCAGUAAUAGAAACUCCUGCUAGUGCUUUGUUUACUCAAAGUGGCAGUGUAGUUCACCUAACAAAUGAGGUUUUGAGUAAAGUGUUCUCUAACCCAAAAUUGCUGUGGGUUCCACUGUCAAAAUCCUACCAGUUAGAAACAGGAUUGAAAGCACAGGGUGAGGGUGUAGCGAAAUUUGCAGGACUUCAAAACCAUUUAACCUGUGUCACACUACAUGGAGCAUCAGAAAUUACACCUUCUGGACAUUUUGAAUCAGAUUCGGUUCCUCUUUGGACUAAAAAUGGAAAGAAAAUGAUUUCUGCUAAUAGAUAUAUGGAUUUGAUGGAAGUAUUCAAACCAGAUAUAAUUUUGGCGAUUGCAGAUGGCCACACAUCACUUGAUGAGGGUUCCAAGAGGAUCUCGAAGGCAUUGGAUAGAACAAGUAAUAUGUUGAAUAUGUGUGUGACACGACACAAAAAUUCAACAUGUUUGCAAGACAGUUCUCUCAUUGGUGUAAUAGUGGGAGUAGGUGAAGAAAGAAAAUGUGAACAGUCUAUUCAAAAUAUACUAACAUACAAAGAAAAUCUAAGUGGUGUGACCCUUGAAGGUAUUACAGAUGGAUCUGAAGAAUCUUUAACUGUGCCCUUAGAAAAGUUGGAGGCAAUAUUCAAAAGAGUUGGUGAUGCCCUACCAAAAGAUUUUUUAUGCAUUAUAGAAGGCUGUUGGAAUCCAGCCGUAGUUGUUACUGCCAUAGAACAUGGAUGGGAUUUGUUUGAUGGUUCUUAUCCACUGAAAUUGACAAAUGCUGGCCAUGCAUUAGCAUUACAGUUAGAUGUAAAUCAAGAUAAUAAAGAACUAUGUAUUCUAAAUCUUAAUGAUGAAAGUUACAAGGAUGACUUUCAACCUGUCUUAGCCAGUUGUGAAUGCUUAGCGUGCAAGAAACAUACAAGAGCAUACAUUCGACACCUUUUGAAUACUCGAGAGAUGUUGGCUUCAGUGUUACUUAGCAUACACAAUCUCCAUCAUUUCGACGAGUUCUUCCACCACGCUCGUCUUCAUAUAGCUUCAAGAACAUUCGAUGUAUUUAAAAAGCACAUAAUCAAACAAUAUGACUUUUAUAAGCAAAAUAAAAAAGAUGUACCAAUACCUACAAUACAAGAUGUCAAGACAAGUAAGAAAAAGGAGAAAAACAAGAAAAGGCGAGUGAGUGAUGACGACAUUGAUAAUGUAGUUAAAAGUGAUAAUAGUUUGUAGUUUAGUUAAGUAUAAACUUUUGCGUUGUUUACACAUAUUUUAAACACACAAUCGGGACUUAAUGCGUUUCGUCUUUGAAAUGUCGGCAAUAAAGAAGCAGAGACGUAGAUACUAUUUACCUGCAAAGGUUUUUUCAUCGCGGUAUGUCCCGAUUGUGUAUUUAAAAUAAUAGUAUGUAGUUUGUUUUGUACCUAAACAGUAUUUUGUUAUAUAGUUGUUCCUUUGUAAUUUUAUAUUAAUAUCUUACAAUUGUGACUGAAAUGGUCACAACUGUAAUCUAAUGGAAUUGCAGAUACGUUUAUCCACUGAUGUUGCCUUUAUAAUGAACCUAACAUUUAACAUGCCAACAUUUAAUGCAUUUUUAUGAAUGCUGUAAAGCAAUACUCCUCAGAGUUAUUUGCUUAUUAAUAUUCGUACAGAUCUAUAAUGGUAAAAAUUUGAAUAAAAUGUUUCAGCUCUUACUCAUGAUCUCUCACUGACUUCGGACACUAGUUAAGGUGACUUAAAUGAAUGAUGAAGAGUUCCUCAAUAUAAUUUCUUUUAAUAUUUAUAAUACCACAUGUAAUACAAUGUUAAUCUACAUUCUCUUUUACUAUAAACUCCAUCUUACCAUUUCCGGCAGGCAGAAAGUAUAGAGCACUUUUAAAUAAUAUGUUGAAAUAACGACAUUGUGUUGCUGUGUUUCUGAAAUGUAGAGGAUAUAUGGUUGAUGUCUAUGUAAGUUUAUAGGAGGAAUAUUACUAAACAAGUAGGUUGAUGGAACCAUGUCGAAGUUGCAUAGAAUAAAUUAGUAAUACUCCUAAAAGAUUCCAAAUUAAGAGUACGCAAAAGUGUUCUAGAUUAAAGAAAUGUGUGAACGUAACCAGACAUAGAAUUAAUCUUGAAAUGUAAGAUUUAGAAUAAUACGUGGGUCUAGAUUACGGGUAAGGAUUAUGUCUUGUCUAAUCUAUACCGAAUAUAAACAUCACAAUAUUGAUAUUUAAAUACUAAUACUUGAGAUGAUUUAGAUAAUUAUCUGGAAAGGUAUCCGUCUGACAGACCGGCGUUCUAAUCAGCAAAAAUUUAUUUUUCUUGCCUAGGUGCUCGUCAUUAGUUCGUAUGACAAGUUUAAACUUGUUCUCUCAAAUAGUUUAUUUACAAGAACUUUUGCAAUAAACGACGCGCAUGUUUUCGUUAAAAUGUAGAAAGUAAAAAAAAAUCAUCUCCCCUAUUCGACUGAUUUGUCACCUUCGGACUUCUAUUCCCAAAUUUGAAGAAACUGAAAAUCGCAAUCUUUCAUGACAAUGAAAGUGGGUAAGGUGAAAAGUACUUUUCAGUAUGUAUAUAUACGCACAUUCUCUAUUUUUGUAUUAUAUGAUAUACUUUUUUUUUACAACACGGGGCAAACGAGCAUGCGGCUCACCUGAUGGUAAAUGAUUACCGCCGCCCAUGGUCACCCACAACACCAACGGCAUUGCAGGUGUGCUGCCGGCCUCUUAAAAGGGAAUAUGCUCCUUUCUUGAAGGUUAUGUUGUCGUAUCAGUUCGGAAAUACUGCUGCUGGAAGUUGAUUCCAAAGAGUGGUUGUGCGUGGGAGAAAGUGCCUUGAAAAACGCACGGUGGAGAACCGUAAUGUAAUAGGUAUACU